ACACCGCAGCCAUCCCCCCUCUAGCUAGCUUUGCGGAAGCGCGAGCAGCCCUGUGCAGCCGCGGCCGGAGAGGGUGUUCAGGAGGCCAAGAUGUCGCUGUCGGUACUCGUCAAGAGCGCCUCCAGUCUCCCCAACGUGGAGAAGUUCAGCAAGAGCGAUCCCAUGUGCGUGAUCGUCUUGCAGGGCGAGAAGAGGAAGACCAAGGUCAUUGACAACAACUUGGACCCCCAGUGGAACGAAACUCUGACGUGGACCCUGCAAGCUGCACUGUCAGGUUCAGAGUCGCUGGAGAUAGAGGUGUAUGACUACGAAAAGUUGAGAAGCAACCGGUUGUUGGGUACUCUCUCUCUCUCACUGCAAGAGGUUGUGUCCAGAGGAUCUCAGAAUGUUAACUCUGCUCUCAAGUCAAAGAAAGGGGAGGUCAUGCAGUCCAAGAUCAGUCUGGAACUUACGUACAAGGCACCCGAGGGAAGCGGGGGAGGGGAUGGUGGCGGAGGAGGGGGAGGAGGAGGAGGGGGAGGGGAUGCUUUGACGAGGAUGAUGCUGCCCCCAUCGCAGUUGGAGGUGGAGUGGGAGACGAAGAAGGUGACGAGAAACCCUUUCCAUUGUAGUGUGUCCUUAUAUAGAUGCUUUCAAAAUUCUUAUACGUGG